GGCUUGGAUCUCACUGCCCAGGACCUCCAUCCUGGCGUGGACGGAAAAACCGGCGACAUCCCAGCGUGUUUGGGCGACUUAGGGACCUCCCUAGUUGGAGGGAUUCUCGGUGACAAGAGGAGCCUAGAACCUCAGUGAAGGCAAAUAUAACACAGAAAUAUGAGCCUUCCAGGCCUCAGAAGAUCUGUGAUGGAGAAUGUGAGCUCAUCAGCCAGCCUAGAUGUGGAUCGCCUGCUCCCUAUACCACCUGGCUUCCUAGAGUGUGAAUGAGGCGAUGGGCAGUUCAGUGGAGAGUAACUUCUGUGACAGGCUGAGGAUUGACUGAGCCCCACUUUACUCCCAGUUGUGACAGUAUGAGGAGCAUCCACUCCCAAGAUUCUGUGCAAGCCCUCUCAAACAAGUGACCCAAGGCAAGAAGCCCAGGAAGCCUCAUUGAAUGGCUGACGUUUGACAACAUGCACCACCAGUGGCUUCUGUUGGCCGCAUGCUUUUGGGUUAUUUUCAUGUUCAUGGUGGCCAGCAAAUUCAUCACAUUGACCUUUAAAGACCCAGAUGGGUACAGUGCCAAACAGGAGUUUCUGUUCCUAACAACUGUGCCGGAAGUGGGGAAGUUGCCAGAAGAAAAGCACUUUCCUGAGGAACUGCAGCCAACAGGAAAGAUGCUUCCAGACAGCCGGCUUGAUCAACCCCUGAUCUAUCUGGAGCGGCUGGAGCUUAUCAGAAAUGUCUGUAGGGAUGAGGCCCUGAAGAAUCUCUCACACACUGUGGUCUCCAAGUUUGUCCUAGACCGUAUAUUUGUCUGUGACAAGCACCAGAUUCUUUUCUGCCAGACUCCCAAAGUGGGCAACACCCAGUGGAAGAAAGUACUGAUAGUCCUAAAUGGAGCAUUCCCUUCCAUCGAGGAAAUCCCCGAGAAUGUGGUUCAUGACCAUGAGAAGAAUGGCCUCCCUCGUCUCUCCUCCUUCAGCAAGGCAGGAAUUCAGAAGCGAUUGAAAACAUACUUCAAGUUUUUUAUUGUAAGAGAUCCCUUCGAAAGACUGAUUUCUGCAUUUAAGGACAAGUUUGUUCACAAUCCUCGGUUUGAACCUUGGUACAGGCAUGAGAUUGCACCUGGCAUCAUCAAGAAGUACAGGAGAAACCGGACAGAGACCCGGGGGAUCCAGUUUGAGGAUUUUGUGCGCUACCUGGGUGACCCAAACCACAGAUGGCUAGACAUUCAGUUUGGGGACCACAUCAUCCACUGGGUGACGUAUGCAGAGCUCUGUGCACCUUGUGAGAUAAAGUACAGUGUGAUUGGACACCACGAGACCCUAGAGGAGGAUGCCCCAUACAUCCUGAGAGAAGCUGGCAUCGACCACCUCGUGUCAUAUCCGACCAUCCCUCCGGGCAUUACCGUGUAUAACAGGACCAAGGUGGAGCACUACUUUCUGGGCAUCAGUAAACGAGACAUCCGACGCCUAUAUGCCCGCUUCAAAGGGGACUUUAAACUAUUUGGGUAUCAGAAACCAGAUUUUUUGCUAAAUUAAUGCACAGGACCUAUGACUCCAGUUAUCUUUGCUAGUUCAGGGGCUAACCAAGAGGAGAUCUGAGCACAGAAAUGACACUUGCUCUGUCACAGCCCUCUUUCAGAUCUCCAAGAUCUUCCAUGGUCCUGUGAGCAGAUGGUGCUGUACCUGACUAUGUCUGCUUUGCUUGGAUGUAAAAUGUACUGAGGGCCCCACCCAGCCCCUGCAUGUGUGUCAUCAGGACACCACUGGCCUUUUUCCUCAGAGGGGAGAA